AUGGGUUUAUAUACGAACUUCAGAUAUCCAAUGCCUAAAUCGGAUCAACUUGGCUUACCAGAAUUCGUUGCUGGUGCAAUGGAAAACUACGGUUUGAUCAUCUAUAAGUAUCAGUUUAUCGCAUUCGAUCCUGAAAUUCAAUCAACGUACUACAAACAAGCCGCAGCACGAGUGAUGUGUCACGAAUUGGCGCAUCAAUGGUUUGGUGAUACUGUGACCGCACUGUGGUGGGAUGAUCUGUUCCUUCAGGAGGGCUUUGCGGCCUUCUUCGAGAACUACGGUCUCAGAAUGGCAUUGCCUGAACAGAUUCCAUUCUUGGUUUGUUUCUCUUCUUGUUUAUCGGGCAUUAUUUGUGUGGACUUUUAA